AUGCCGCCGUCCAAGCAAUUGCGAGCGUCGAGCAGCGCCCCCUCCAGCGUGACGCUGGCGGCACUGGCGCCGCUACUCGAGUUCCUGGACGCCCGCGGCGUGGCGGCGAUCGUGUGCGCACAAAAGUCCGUCGGCCGCGAGGGCUGCGCUGCCGUUUGGUUCUGGCUUGUCAGUCGCGCCAGUUGCCUGCUGCCGGGCGUGGAGCUGCCGCGUCAACCGCCACACAGCGAGACGCUGCAAUUUGCAACUGUGCUGCCGCUGCUAAGGCAACUACAGGCAGUUGGAUCGUACAACUUUGAUCUCCACUUCGAUGCUGCGAGACACGGCGGAGACGUGUACUUGGUGGAGAAUGGAGACCGCUAUGUGUCCCAUUGGGGGCCUAACGGAGGCUCGAUGUUUGGCGACCGGGCGUGUGCUGCGGGGGCGGUGAGCUACUGGGAGUGUGUGGGACUCAGUGAAGGCAGCUACAUUGGCAUCACUGAGGUGAUCUCCCAGGGACAAGCUGGAUUCCGGUACUAUGGAGUCGAUGCGCAACAUUUGAAGCGGACGCUGUCGCUGCCGACACCGGCAUGCGACCACAUGCCGGCGGUGAUGUACUGCGAGGGUGGAUUCAUCACUACCGGGUCGUUCCGAGGUCCCAAGCCGCAACUCCCCGCUCGAGUGAACUUUUUGGAUGCGGGAACGUUUAAGGAGGAGGAUCGAGUUGGUGUGAUGGUCGACCUCCUGGCUGGAUUCUUGCUGUUUGUGCGAAACGGGGAGCCGCAGGGUAUGCGGAUUCCCAUCGACCGCUCCAAGAAAUACCUCCCGGUGUUCAGUGCCUGCGCCUGUUACAAUUUGCAGCUCAUACCCGAUGCGCGCCCGCCAUGGAAUCGCAUUUAUUCGAUCGAAGAAAGCUGCAGAGGCGCCGCCAAAGAGAUCGAGUUGCUGGAGUCGUCCAGUGUGGAUAGACAAUGCGCAGUUGCUACCUGGGCUUGA